AUGUUUCUGGUUCUUUCAGCCACCACAGAAUUAAGGGACUUCUUUGCCAAAGCCCGGAACGGUUCAGUUCGGCUCAUCAAGGUCAUCAUUGAGGAUGAACAGCUCGUGCUGGGAGCCCACAGGGAGCCGUCCCGGCGCUGGGACGCUGACUAUGAUGCCUUGGUGCUACCUCUGCUGGAUGAGCAGCAGCCCUGCUACGUGCUGUACCGCCUGGACAGCCAGAACGCCCAGGGCUACGAGUGGCUCUUCAUCUCCUGGUCCCCUGACAGCUCCCUGGUGCGGCUGAAGAUGCUCUACGCUGCCACCCGGGCCACGGUGAAGAAGGAGUUUGGUGGGGGCCACAUAAAGGACGAGAUGUUUGGAACGGUGAAGGAGGACGUGUCCCUCAGCGGUUACCAGAAGCACGUGUCCUCCUGCUCCGCCCCGGCCCCGCUGACCGCAGCCGAGCAGGAGCUCCAGCAGAUCCGCAUCAACGAGGUGAAGACUGAGAUCAGUGUGGAGAGCAAGCACCAGACCCUGCAGGGCUUGGCCUUCCCCCUGCAACUGGAUGCUCAGCAAGCCAUCCAGGCACUCAAACAGAAGAAAAUCAACUACAUCCAGCUGAAGCUGGAUCUGGAGCAGGAGACCAUUGACCUGGUGCACACAAGCCCCACAGAGAUUGCCGACCUGCCCAAGAGGAUCCCCCAGGACUCAGCUCGCUACCAUUUCUUCCUGUACAAGCACUCACAUGAGGGAGACUACCUGGAGUCUGUUGUCUUUAUCUACUCCAUGCCCGGGUACAAAUGCAGCAUCAAGGAGCGCAUGCUCUACUCCAGCUGCAAGAGCCGAUUGCUGGACACUGUGGAGCAGGAAUUUUGCCUGGAGAUAGCAAAGAAGAUCGAGAUCGAUGACGGGGCCGAGCUGACGGCAGAGUUCCUCUACGAGGAGGUGCACCCCAAGCAACAUGCCUUCAAGCAGGCCUUCGCCAAGCCCAAGGGGCCCGUGGGCAAACGGGGACAGAAGCGGCUGAUCAAGGGGCCGGGCGAGAACGGCGAGGACAGUUAG